AUGCCUGCGACACGGGGACUCCCCAUCCUCGAUUUCUCUGCAUUCUAUGGUGAGAACCCCAAGGCCAAGGCCCAGCUAGUGGAACAGGUCCGUGAAAGCUGUUUGCACAAUGGCUUCUUCCAGAUCACUGGCCAUCGCAUUCCGCUGGAACUGCAACACCGCGCAAUGAAUUGUUCCAAGCGUUUCUUCCGCCUCCCACUCGAAGAAAAAUUGAAAAUCGACAAAAAGAAGAACACCUUCAACCGCGGGUAUGAGCUCCUUCAAUCACAGAUGAAUGAGGCUGGUGCCAGCCCAGAUCUAAAGGAAGGCUUGUACAUUGGCCGGGAGAUCCCUACGGAUCACCCUUACUUCCUCGAGGGCCUGCUAAACAGUGGCCCUAACCAAUGGCCCGAUACAAUUCCUGAUCGUGAGGAGUUCCAGAAAAGCACGAUGGAAUAUUAUCAUGCCGUCUUUGACCUUGCGAAGGAUAUCAUGGCUGUUCUGGCACUCACAUUGAACCACGACGAAGCAUACUUUGAUCCUCUCACUGAUGGAGCGGUGGCAACACUGCGAUACCUGCAUUAUCCACCGCCACCCAAGCAGAUGGGAGAGAGGCUGCGGGGGAUCGGUGCUCAUACCGACUUUAGUUGCAUUACACUUCUGCUACAAGAUGAAGUGAGCGGCCUCCAGGUAUUAGACGUGCCAACCAACGAGUGGAUCGACGUUCAGCCAAUCCCUGGGGCGUACGUGGUCAACUUGGGGAAUUUAUUUUCACGCAUGACCAACGACACGUAUAAAUCCAACUUGCAUAGAGUCAUCAACGACUCGGGGAAUGAUCGCUACUCCAUCCCCUUCUUCCUCACCGGGAAUCCAAAGUAUGUAUGCAAAUGCUUGCCUGGAUUCCAGAAAGACGGUGAGCCUGGUAAAUACCUCCCUGCAACGGUUCAAGAGGUGGUGUCGUCGUCGUACAAGGAGACCUUUGCCAGGGCCGAGAGAUACAAGGCCGAGAUACAGACGAAGAUACAAAAUAAUGUAACUAAAGAGGUCGCUGCCUAA